UAAAAAAAAACACUAUUCAAGUAGUUCCGCAUUCCGCUGAUAGUUCAUUGCCAAUCCAGGAUGACAGCAUGGAUGCAGUACGCUGGAAGAGACGAUCUUCUGAGUAAGCCGGGCAGCCUAUUGUACGCAACCUACAGAGUUUGCAGCGACCAUUUCACUGCUGAAAGUUUCAUGGACCCUGGGCACACAAGGCUUACAAAAAUGGCUGUGCCCAGUGUGCACCCAAUUGCACCUUGUUCUUUGAGCGUCGCUUCUACUAGUGACUGCCACAUGACUGCAGAAGCUGCACUAGAAGGAUCUGUGGAAGAGGCUUCGAACAGCGACCCCCACACAUUGAGGUGCCCUGAUGAGCAGGGUGGCAACUCCCUUGUAGCUGGCAAAGGGGCAUCUGCUGACCUCGCCCUGCUGGAAGAAACCUUGACCAAUUGCUCAGUUGUGACAGAAGGAACUUCUGUGAUCGGCGAGUUUGAUGUUUACUUCUGCGACAGAUUGUAUUGAUACACAGAUUUCCGCAGGCACCUUGCAACAUU